UUAAAAUCACCAAUUGAAAUUGAAUGCUAAGCAAACUCUCGCAUCGCAUCGCAUCGCAUCUCAUAUCAUCUCUCGCCGUGUUCAUCGUUGGGCAUCACCUCCUCCGCCGCGUCGUCUGGCUUCUCCAUCGUUCCCCAGCAUCGCUGUAGAUUCCGGCAAGAACUCUUCUUCCUCGGAAUAGAUAUGAGGUCGAUGGAUCGAUUCGGGAUCUGGGUGCUUGCGAUUUAGUCGGUGACUCAAUCAGGUUUUGGGUUUUACCUUCCAGGUAGUUAUCCUCACAAGUAUGAAAUUGGUGAUUACUUGAACGUGAAGGUGAAUUCUCUUACUUCCAUCGAAACGGAAAUACCUCUUAGCUCCUAUAGCUUGCCCUUUCGCAAACCCUCUGAAGGAAUCAAGGAUAGUGCGGAGAAGUUAGGUGAGCUUGUCCUGGGAGAUCGGAUCGAGAACUCGCCGUAUAGGUUUAAGAUGUUCAAGAACGAGAGUGAGAUCUUCUAUGUCAGACUGAGAAGCUUUCUGCUGAUAGCUUUAAGCUGUUGAAGAAGAGGAUCGACGAGAUGUAUCAGGUGAAUCCGAUGCUUGACAAUUCACCGGCGAUUCGGUACACUAAGAAAGAUGGGUAUGUUUUGAGGUGGACUGGGUAUCCAGUUGGGAUCAAGGUACAAGAUGUUUACUAUGUGUUCAACCACUUGAAGUUUAAGGUUCUUGUUCACAAAUACGAAGAGGCGGCUAAUGUGGCUCGUGUGAUGGGUACUGGGGAUGCAGCUGAGGUGAUUCCGACGAUUGGGAAGAAAGGUUCUGAUGAUGAGCUUGGGUAUAUGGUUGUUGGGUUUGAGGUGGUUCCUUGUAGCUUUGCUCAUAACGGUGACUCAACGAAGAGGUUGAAAAUGUACGAAAGAUACACGACUCCUAUCAAAUGUGACUCUACUAGCGUGUCAAUGUCUGUCAAGGAAGGCCAGUCCAUUGUCUUCUCUUAUGAAGUCAGUUUCGAGGAGAGUGACAUCAAGUGGCCAUCUAGAUGGGAUGCGUACCUGAAGAUGGAAGGUUCAAAGGUUCAUUGGUUCUCAAUCUUGAACUCUCUUAUGGUAAUCACUUUCUUGGCUGGUAUUGUCCUCGUGAUAUUCUUGAGAACUGUUAGGCGGGAUUUGACACGUUAUGAGGAGCUGGACAAGGAGGCUCAAGCUCAGAUGAACGAAGAGUUAUCUGGGUGGAAGCUUGUUGUGGGUGAUGUUUUCCGUGCUCCAUCAAACCCUUCGCUUUUAUGUGUCAUGGUUGGUGAUGGUGUUCAGAUUCUUGGCAUGGCUGUUGUAACUAUCCUGUUUGCUGCUCUAGGGUUCAUGUCACCGGCUUCACGUGGAACGCUUAUCACGGGCAUGCUCUUCUUCUACAUGAUUCUUGGCAUCGCAGCUGGUUAUGUCGCUGUUCGUCUCUACAGGACGAUUGGCUGUGGGGAACACCGUGGGUGGAUGUCUGUUGCAUGGAAAGCUGCUUGCUUUUUCCCGGGUAUUGCGUUUUUGAUCCUCACAACGCUCAACUUCCUUCUAUGGGGUAGCCACAGUACUGGAGCCAUUCCUUUCUCUCUAUUUGUCAUCCUCAUCCUCCUAUGGUUUUGCAUAUCGGUUCCUCUCACACUUAUCGGUGGUUACUUUGGAGCCAAGGCUCCUCACAUUGAGUUCCCAGUUCGAACCAACCAGAUUCCCCGAGAAAUCCCAGCUCAGAAAUACCCAUCAUGGCUUCUGGUUCUUGGCGCUGGAACACUUCCGUUCGGUACACUCUUCAUCGAGCUUUUCUUCAUCAUGUCAAGCAUCUGGAUGGGCCGUGUUUACUACGUCUUUGGAUUCCUAUUAGUUGUCAUGAUCCUUCUUGUGGUGGUUUGUGCCGAGGUUUCCUUAGUGCUAACGUACAUGCACUUGUGUGUCGAAGACUAUAAAUGGUGGUGGAAAUCUUUCUUUGCAUCAGGAUCCGUUGCGAUCUACAUCUUCAUUUACUCCAUUAAUUAUCUCGUCUUUGACCUCAAAAGCUUGAGUGGACCUGUUUCGGCUACUCUUUAUCUCGGCUACUCGCUCUUUAUGGUCUUGGCUAUCAUGCUCGCGACAGGAACUGUUGGUUUCCUCUCUUCCUUCUGGUUCGUGCACUACUUGUUUUCUUCGGUGAAACUUGACUAAGGAUCGGACCGACCAAAGGGUUUAUAUGGCUCGGAGAGGUUAUAAAUUUUUUGAAAAGAACUGAUAUCGUUUAAGCAAAGGCAAGGAAAAAUGUAAGGGUCUUCAAAUUUUUUUUUUUCGUCCUUUCGUCUAGGAAAGAUUAUUAUGUUUCUUGUUUUUUUAUUUCUUUUUUUCUUUCAUCUUUAUGGGAUUGCCACUGAACUUGAAAAUGUUUAUGAUAUUAAGAUAAAUUUUACUUUAUUAUAGAGAAAACAGUCAUGUUGGUGAA